AAUAUUUGCAAAUCUUUGUUUAUAAUAGCUGACGUUUAUGGAGUUUAUGGUGCUCAAAAACGAAGAAAAGAACAAAACGCGUUUUUCUAUUUCGUUGCAAAUCGCAGUAAUCUAGCUGCACUUGUUAUUUUGAGGUUUUCUAGCUUAGUAAUCCGCCGCAACACAUGAUGUCAGAUGGAUCACCGCCCCCUUCGAUUUGUUUCAUUCGAGCCGCGGAAUCGUAUCCAAAAUCGCAAAUGGAGAAGGAAGACUCGCAGUUGAUUGUCCCCUUUAAAGAGCUUGCCGGCGAAUCAAUCAAAUACUUGGGACGCACUGAUGACGGCGUUCUGGCUCUGUCCAAUUAUCGCAUAUUUCUAUCAAAGAAAUCGACUGCAUUUGAGACAUAUGUGCCGCUCGGCCUGAUUGAAACCGUGCAGGUACGGGAUCUAUUCCAGCUGGUCGUGAACUGUAAGGAUGCCAGCACUGUGAGGUGUUCGUUCCCAUCGGCGGAGCAAUGCUUGGAAUGGCAGCGACGCGUUCAGCUGCUAAUUGGGGUACCUGAAACGCUGGAAACAUUAUUUGCCUUUCCAUUUUACUCGUGGACAUGCGACAUAAUCGGCAAUAAGGAGCUCGCCCAGCUCACCAAUGGAACUGGCUCCAAGCCUGCGCCAGCGGCGGAGAAUCCGAUAUCAACACAAGUUCAGGCUGCCAACGAGAAUUUGAAUCGCUUGCAGCGGGCGAUUAGGUACGAGACGGACUUUAGAAAUGAGGUAACCCGUCUGGGCUUUGACCUAAAGGGAUCUUGGCGCAUCUCAACGGCGAACACAGACUUUAAGCUGUGCCCCUCGUAUCCACAGAAACUACUUGUUCCGUGUUGCAUCACUGACGAAAUGCUACACAAUAUUGCAAAUUUUCGGGGUUCGCGUCGAUUACCGGCUGUUGUUUGGCGUCAUCAAAAGUCUGGGGCCAUUUUGGCCCGCUGCAGUCAACCCGAAGUUGGCUGGCUGGGUUGGAGAAAUUACAAGGAUGAGCAGCUGCUGAAAGCAUUGGCAGAUGCUUGUGCCUUCGACAGAGGGGAGCAUGCGAGGCGGCAGGCCAAAGAUACCAACGGAGAGACUAGCUCAUCUGGCAAAAGCUCUCCAUCACUGGAGGAUUCUUCACACGAGGAACUAGCACUAGACGAAAUCAGGAAAAUCCUUAUUGUGGAUGCACGCAGCUAUACGUCAGCGGUCACGAAUCGAGCUCGUGGCGGCGGCUGUGAAUGUAUCGAAUAUUAUCCAUGCGCCGAAAUCGAAUUCAUGAAUUUGGGAAAUAUACAUGCUAUACGCAAAAGCUUUCAUGCUGUUCGACAGUUGUGUGCCUCAUCACCAGAUGAUCCAAAUUGGUUUGGACAAUUGGAGAAAACGAUGUGGAUGCAACAUCUGUCGGGUCUAUUGGGAGCUACAAUGACUGUCGUCCAUACGAUCGAAAAGAAUGGUCGUCCAGUGUUAGUGCAUUGCUCUGAUGGUUGGGAUCGCACACCACAGAUCGUGGCAACAGCUCAAAUUUGUUUGGAUCCAUUUUACAGAACGGUCGAGGGCUUUCGAGUAUUAGUUGAACGCGAAUGGUUGAAUUUUGGGCACAAAUUUGCUGAUCGCUCAGGAAACGGACCAAAUUCGGACGAGGUGAACGAACGUUGCCCAGUUUUCCUGCAGUGGCUCGAUCUGGUGCACCAAAUACACAAACAGUACCCUUGCAGCUUUGAGUUUAGCAUAGGUUAUCUGAUUAAACUCGCCCAGCACUCACUGUCAUGUCUCUUCGGCACAUUUCUGUGCAAUUCGCUAAAGGAACGCAUUGAAAAUGCAGUCUGCGAUCGAACGUUUUCAGUAUGGCCAUUUUUAGCUGAAUCAAUGUAUAGGAAUCCACUGUAUAAGCAUGAUAUUGACAAGGUGCUUUGGCCAGCGCACAGUGUGCGAUUUUUACAUUUUUGGUCUGAUGUAUACCUCGGUAGUUUGGGAAAUCAAAAUGGUACCGAUCUCCCUUUGCAAAGCAAUGAACGACAAAAUGUUCACAAUGUGAAUGGCACGACUGCGAAAACUCGUUCAACUGAGAACAUAACAACAAAUGAGCUGUCUCAGAGCACAAUAUCGAGAAGAUCGAGUGAUCCCAAUCUGACUGUUGAUUCAAUUGUGACUGAUGGCUUAAAUGUAAAUGUGAGCAGCAAUUCCAUGUUUGACAUUCGGUCGGAGGCAAAGGAGUGCAUAAUUGAUGCAACAAGGCAUGUCAUCAAACAAGACUCUGACUCCGAGGAUAUGUGCGACAGUGCCAAACUGGAGGAUGACGCAAAAAACGAUUCCACAAGUUUGUUAUCUGAGCAAAAGAUUGAACAGACUCCUUCUUUAGUUCAAUGUGAUAUAUUAAAUGACGGGUCCUUAUCCCAUAAUGGCAAAAUCACUAUAAUGCGCAUGGAUGCCAAGCUCAAUGAGCUCGUAGAACUUACGCAUUGUGAUUCCCCAAACGAUCAGGCUCCCUCCAAUUUUGAAAGCAUUAGUGAUAAUAGCCGGACGGUUCGUCAGGGCCAAGACCAAAUGGAUACUAGUACGGAUACAUUAAUUCCUAUUGAAUCAACACGAUCUGCACAAGAAGAGACAGCAGAGACAGCAGAGAUAGCAGAGACAGAGAAAGCAAACGGAGCAUCUAAAGACAAAGACAAAGACAGAGAUGUGCCUUCAAAGCCAGAUGCUGGCGUCAUACCUCAAGAAAAAAAGACCGAAGGAACCUGCGUUGCGCAUACCAAUAAAAUUAGUCAAAGUUACAGCAACUUACCCCGAGUCCACAUAAAGCCCAACAAUCUGCGAUAUUUUCAACUCAACGCCAACACCAACGCAAAUAUGGAGAAAUGCGAUACAUUUCAUCAGCAUCUGGAUCCGCAUAUUCAGACAGAGAGUACAACUAAUGAUGAUAGCAGCAAGGAAACAAAUGCAAAUGUAAAUGUAAUUAAAAAUCCUUAUGCAACUAUGCCUUCAGUCGAUGGCAGCAACAAUGGCGAUUCUCUACUUCCAUCACCUGAACAUCAAAGAUUUAACUGUCUAUCGCAUAAUACGUAUGCAAACGGUGAUGAGUCCACGUCAUGUAAACCAACGCGAAGGAACAUGCUCUGGUCGAGCCUGAAUCGCGAGCAAUCGCAUUCAAAAUACACAGAUAAUACCAGUGCACUCCAUUUACCGGCAGCUGGACUUAUUUUAUUGCCUCCGACGCCACAGGGAUCACAAGAGCGACCACAGUUUAAUAUUUCGUGUCCCGAUGGCUUGGCACAUGGCUUAAGUGAGAAAAACAUUCGACUACAUCAAAUCGUUCAGGAACAUAAGGUACGCGAGGAAGCUCUUUUGAGGGAAAUUCAUGGCAUGCGUUUGGCGUUGUUACAAAAGGGAUGUCCAAGCUGCAACAGCGUCGUAUCAACUAAUGUGGAGCAUGAAAACGGAUCGGAUAUUGUUGAAAAUGCUUCGACGUGUUCUUGGGAAGCCGUAGAAGAACGUAGUGGUCCAUCGUCAUAUGCCACUUCCUCAAUACAAGAGAAAAAAGCUUCAAGUGUUCUUUGGGUACCAGAUUACGCCGUUUCACGUUGCUCUAAUUGUCAAAUUGAAUUCUGGCUUGGACGAAGAAAACAUCAUUGUCGAUCAUGUGGCGAAAUUUUUUGUGCUGACUGCUCGGAAUUUUGGGCGCCGUUACCAUUUGAAAAGCUCUUCAAUCCAGUGAGACUAUGUGGUUCUUGUUAUACAACUGUUACAACGCAAGUGAACGAAUGCCGUGCUUCUGCUGACCCUAUCUCAAAUGUAGUGGAACAGCCUUCUGCAAGCUCUCACGAGUAGUUUUUGAAUUGUUUCCUUUUUUUUUUAUUUUUGUUUUAUAAGCUUUAGGGUUCUAACGUUAAAAACAAUAUGUAAAUAUAAUAUACUCAAAUAUUUAUUGCAUAUAUGUAUGUUAACACUAUUAUAGCAAAAAAAAAUAUUUGUGCAAAGUUGUAGAAACACGAAAUUAUACAAAUUUUGUUAGAUGUAUCAAUGGAUAUAUACAAUAUGAACACAAUUGUACAUUCAAAUACUAAAAUAAACGAAUUACAAAAAAAAAAAAGAAAA